AUGGAUAACGCCAUCCCUAUACAUUCCCCGUCAAACCCAUCCGCUCCUCUCUCCAUUCGCUCUCCCAUCAGACGCAUGGCGUAUUUCGUCAACUGGGCGGGCAUGGACCCAUCGCUCAUCCCUGCUGCCUCGCUCACCCAUGUGUUCUACGCCUUUGCUUCCAUUGACGCCAGCACAUACCAGCGCAUGGCGUAUUUUGUCAAAUGGGCGGGCAUGGACCCAUCCGUCGUCCCUGCUGCCACGCUCACCCAUGUCUUCUACGCCUUUGCUUCCAUUGACGUCGUCCCUUCCAACCCAGCAGUGGACGUUACCGAGGGUCUCUAUCUCCGCUUCAACUCCGCCCUGAAAGAUACCAACCCCGCCAUCAAGACCCUCCUCUCCAUCGGCGGCUAUUCCGCAGGCACCACCGCUUUCGUCAACGCCGCCUCGUCCCCCUCCUCCCGCUCUGCUUUCAUCCAAUCCGCGAUCAUCCUCGCCCGAUCGUACAAUUUCGACGGUCUGGAUCUCGACUGGGAGUUCCCAACGGGCAACGCCGCCCUCUUUUCCGCCCUGGUCACGGAUUUCCGGGCGGCGAUCGAAUCCGAAGCCGCUUCGUCUGGAAACCCCAUGCUCCUGCUCUCUGCAGCAGUUUCUGCAUACGAGCCGACAAUCGCUGAAUCCUACGACGUCCCGACACUCAACAGUGCGCUGGACUUUGUAAAUGUUAUGACGUACGAUCUGCAUGGUUCAUGGGAGUUAAUCACCGGCAUGCACACUGCUCUGGAGGAUCUGAGCAACCCCCAGCUGAGCCUCAAGGGUGCUAUGGCUGCCUGGGUGUCCCGAGGCUUGGCCCCAAGCAAGGCCAUGCUAGGCUUGGCGAUGUACGGUCGAACCUGGACUCUAGCCUCGACAAGCAGUACUGGGGUUGGAGCUGCAGCCACUGGGCCUGGUCAGCCUGGGUCUAUCAGUCAGGAAGCUGGUGUUCUCUUUUACAGGGAAAUUGAUGAGCUGGUAACAUCUGGAGGUUACACAGCUACGCUCGACGCCCCAACGUCCUCUAUGUAUGCGGUAAAUGGUGACCAGUGGGUUGGUUACGACGACCCUUCCACCAUCACCACCAAGGUUCAAUUUGCCAAGGCGCAAGGCUAUGGAGGGUGGUUCUUCUGGGCGAUGAGCCAGGAUGCGAACGAUGCUCUGCUCAAUGCUGCAGCCGCAGCGUGA